GGGCCUCAUUGCUGCGACCCCCCGCCCUCUCUCUUUCUCUCGUCUCCAUCCAUCGUCGUCUCUCGUCUCUGUGCAGGGGGUUUGUGUGUUUCUGUCUCGCUGCUGCUGCUGCUAUUCGCCUCCCUCAGCCAUGCUCCGCCUGGUCCUGCCGCUGCGGCCGCUGGCCCGGUCCCUGACCCCGCGGCUCAGCCGGGCCUACGCCAAGGACGUCAAGUUCGGGGCCGAGGCCCGCGCCCUCAUGCUCCAGGGAGUCGACUUGCUGGCCGACGCCGUGGCCAUCACCAUGGGACCCAAGGGUAGAAAUGUGAUCAUCGAGCAGAGCUGGGGGAGCCCCAAGGUCACCAAGGACGGCGUGACGGUGGCAAAAGCCAUCGACCUGAAGGACAAAUACCAAAACAUCGGGGCCCGGCUGGUCCAGGACGUCGCCAACAACACCAACGAAGAGGCCGGGGACGGCACCACCACGGCCACCGUGCUGGCCCGCUCCAUCGCCAAGGAGGGCUUCGAGAAGAUCAGCAAGGGAGCCAACCCCGUGGAGAUCAGGAGAGGGGUGAUGCUCGCCGUCGAUGCCGUCAUCGCCGAACUCAAGAAACUGUCGAAGCCCGUCACGACCCCUGAAGAGAUUGCCCAGGUGGCCACAAUCUCAGCGAACGGAGACCAGGAAAUUGGCACCAUAAUAUCCGACGCGAUGAAGAAAGUUGGGCGGAAGGGAGUCAUCACGGUGAAGGACGGGAAGACGCUGAAUGAUGAACUGGAAAUCAUCGAAGGCAUGAAAUUUGACCGAGGGUACAUCUCUCCGUACUUCAUCAACACGGCCAAAGGGCAGAAAUGCGAAUUCCAGGACGCCUACGUCCUGCUGAGCGAGAAGAAGAUCUCCAGCGUCCAGUCGAUCGUCCCCGCCCUGGAGAUCGCCAACGCCCACCGCAAGCCCCUGGUCAUCAUCGCCGAAGACGUCGACGGAGAGGCGCUCAGUACCUUGGUCCUCAACAGGCUAAAAGUCGGUCUGCAGGUUGUCGCCGUGAAAGCCCCGGGUUUCGGCGAUAACAGGAAGAACCAACUCAAAGACAUGGCCAUCGCCACCGGAGGGGCCGUGUUCGGCGAGGAGGGCCUGCCGCUGAACCUGGAGGACAUCCAGCCCCACGACUUCGGCAAGGUGGGCGAGGUGAUCGUCACCAAGGACGACGCCAUGCUCCUCAAGGGCAAGGGCGAGAAGGCCCAGGUGGAGAAGCGCAUCCAGGAGAUCACCGAGCAGAUCGACCUCACCACCAGCGACUACGAGAGGGAGAAGCUCAACGAGCGGCUGGCCAAGCUGUCGGACGGCGUGGCCGUGCUGAAGGUGGGCGGGACGAGCGACGUGGAGGUGAACGAGAAGAAGGACCGGGUGACGGACGCGCUGAACGCCACGCGGGCGGCCGUGGAGGAGGGCAUCGUCCUGGGCGGCGGCUGCGCCCUGCUGCGCUGCAUCCCCGCCCUGGAGGCCCUCACGCCCGUCAACGACGAUCAGAAGAUCGGCAUCGAGAUCGUCAAGCGGACGCUGAAGAUCCCCGCGAUGACCAUCGCCAAGAACGCCGGCGUGGAGGGCUCGCUGAUCGUCGAGAAGAUCCUGCAGAGCAGCUCGGAGGUCGGCUACGACGCCAUGCUGGGCCAGUUCGUCAACAUGGUGGAGAAGGGAAUCAUCGACCCCACCAAGGUGGUGAGGACGGCCCUGCUGGACGCCGCCGGGGUGGCCUCCCUGCUGACCACGGCCGAAGCGGUGGUCACCGAGCUGCCCAAGGAGGAGAAGGAGCCCGCCAUGGGCGGGAUGGGGGGAAUGGGCGGAGGGAUGGGAGGCGGGAUGUUCUGAGCGCCUCCGCCGGCGACGCGGUCGGCAGUGUGAGAGACGACGACGGAGCGGAGGGGGGAGACGCCCCCGCGGGUCCGGCGGGGCCGACGUCCGAGGCCCGUCACCCCCCCCCAUCCCCGGGUUUUCAGUUGGCAAAACGCAGCGUGGGUCUCUCCGCCGUCGGGGCCCACGGCCUGGCAGAUAAUUUAUUUUCUAUUUUCGGAGAAAAAAGACAUUUGUACAUUCCUGAUCACCGCGGGCAGGGGGGGGGUGACCGUCUCUUUUCAACGCAGUUGUGCCAGGCGAAGACUGGGAUCCAGCCAAUUGUGUACAAAGUAGCGAACUAGCCCAUUACGUGACCACCUUUGUGUAAUAAAAGAUCGUUGGGAGCCGCC